GUAGCGCCUUUCAGAUCAGAACGACAAGAAACAAAGUAGGGGUAUUUUUUUUUACUUGAAAACAAAAGGAUUCAAAUUUCAGCGCCGCUCAACGGACUAUAAUCGGGUCAGACUCUCGAACAAAGGACUUUAGAGAGAAGUUUUCAAGCUCGCCGUCUCGUCUCGUGUCGUUUAUCUCGCUGCAUUCUCUACUAUGGUCAUCAUGGAAGUGCCCACCAUCGACUCGGCCUCGCUUCGUGAUCUGCUGGAGGGAGAUGAUCCGGACUGUCUGGUUCUGGACUGUCGCUCUUUUUUCUCCUUCAGCUCGUCUCAUAUAUCGGGCUCCAGUAAUGUGCGCUUCAGUACUAUAGUACGCCGGAGGGCCAGAGGGGGCCUGGGACUGGAGCACAUUGUACCCAACGAGGACUCCAGGAACAGGCUUCUGUCCGGGGAAUACCAGAGUGUUGUGUUCCUGGAUGACCGCAGUCUGGAGAUGGGAGAAGUGAAGAAAGACGGGACUUUAAUGCUCGCCGUGAACGCUUUGUGUCGCAAUCCAUGUGGAGCAAGUGUAUUCCUUCUUAAAGGUGGAUUCGAGACAUUUUCCUCUGAGUUUCCUGAAAUGUGUACAAAGCCAGUUCCCCCACAAGGCUUGAGUUUGCCUCUGAGCUCUAGCCGCCACUCAAACCCUGCUGAUUCCUCCUGUAACUCAUGUGCAACCCCUCUGUAUGAUCAGGGUGGCCCUGUUGAAAUCUUGCCGUUCCUAUAUUUAGGCAGUGCUUAUCACGCCUCCAGAAAAGACAUGCUGGACAUGUUGGGAAUCACAGCCCUUAUUAACGUCUCUUCCAACUGCCCCAACCACUUUGAAGACCACUAUCAGUACAAGAGUAUUCCUGUUGAGGACAACCACAAAGCCAACAUCAGUUCCUGGUUCAAUGAAGCUAUCGAAUUUAUUGAUUCUGUACGGAAUAAAGGUGGACACGUCUUCGUUCACUGCCAGGCGGGUAUUUCGCGCUCUGCUACCAUCUGUUUGGCUUAUCUGAUGCGCACCAACCGCGUCAAACUUGAAGAGGCCUUUGAGUUUGUCAAACAGCGCCGCAGCAUCAUCUCGCCCAACUUUAGCUUCAUGGGACAGCUUCUGCAAUUCGAAUCCCAAGUGCUCGCCUCCUCUACGUGUUCCUCGGAGGCAGGAAGCCCCGCCAUUAGCAAAAGCACCACAGUGUUCAAUUUCCCCAUCCACACAGCGGCCAGCCCUCUUUCCUUCCUGCAGAGUCCCAUCACUACCUCGCCCUCCUGCUGAGACGGACUCUUUAAAGUGGUCUGAUUCGUUUUCUCACCUCUUGACAGGGGAGAGUUUUAUUUAUAUGAUGACUGUAUGAUCCCUGAGGUGAUCUUUCCAGUAUUAAGGCUCAGGAACUUUUAGUUCCUGUGUUGCCACCAAUAUUCCACGAUUGCUCAAAAUUGUGUGUUGAAGACAAUGGCUGAUGAAGCCUAGCUCCCCCAGACUGUUUUAGCAUUUUAACACUGUGGUCCAUACUUGACUUAAAACCUUUGAAAAUUUGAUGUGACACAAACCAAUUUGAAACCCUCCGUUUCACCUCUGUGAGAAUCUCUCCUUUUUAUUUUAUUUUAUUUUUGAAUUUGUUGAGUCUCUGACUAUUGAUAAUCAGGUUUUUGGUUCUCUCUUAGCAUCGAAAGAAGCCCCGUGUCUUACAGGUUGCUCAGGGAUUGUUUUCCUUUAUGUUGACGAUGUUACUAUCAUUAUUAUUUUUUUAUUAGGAGAGUAGUAUGGGGAGAUGGGAAGUUGUUAGACGUGAAGGUGCUAAUUUUGUUUUUGAACUGUGAAUGUAGUUCCGUGUAGGCUCUGCCUUAAGACAAUGGAAGUUGAAACAAUGAGCCUGUCAUGCUUUUUUAGAAUGCAAUCCAAUUCAUCAAAAUGUUCGUUUGUCCAUAAACAAACACCGAAUACCUCAUGUGUCUGUACUGUUGUCAGUCCAUUAAGAGUCCCUCCAUAAGCACUACUAACAGGAGUGACUCUUGCGAGGCUGUUUUUUAAUAUGUGUGACUAUUUAUUGACGAAAUUAAUAUAUUUCUUAUGCUAUACUUUUUCAUAUAUUUGUAAUACUUGUUGCUGACAAUAAACAUUUUUUUUCAUA